GUGGAUCUCACACGGACCUUCACCUUCCGCAACUCCAAGCAGACGUACACAGGAAUUCCCAUCAUAGUGGCAAACAUGGACACAGUGGGGACAUUUGAAAUGGCUGUGGUUAUGGCAAAACAUGCGAUGUUCACUGCAAUUCACAAGCAUUAUUCUCUGGAAGAAUGGAAACUGUUCGCUGCCAAUCACCCAGAAUGCCUUGAGCAUGUAGCAGCAAGCUCAGGUAGUGGAAAAGCUGAUUUGGACAAGUUAACAAGUAUUCUAGAGGCCAUUCCACUUAUCAGAUACAUCUGCCUGGAUGUGGCAAACGGCUAUUCAGAGCACUUUGUGGAGUUUGUGAAGUCUGUCCGUGCCCUAUUCCCACAUCACACCAUUAUG